AACGAGAGAGAUGGGGAAGAAAGGGAAGGAGGCGGCGCGGGAGCGGCGCGAGCAGCGCCGCCGCGAGGUCACCCUCCUCCGCGCCCUCCCCUACGAGCCCCACCAGCGGUGGUGGGAUCGCCUGCAGCCGCGGGCCGUGGCGGUGGUCACAGGCGCCAACCGCGGGAUAGGGUUCGAGGCCGCCCGCCAGCUCGCGCUCCACGGCCUCCACGUCGUGCUCACCUCCCGCGACGCCGCCAAGGGCCAGGACGCGGCCGAGAGGAUUCGGGGGGAGGCUCCCGACGAGGCGGGCGUGAGCGUGGAGUGGCGGCAGCUCAACGUUGCGGACGUCGCGUCGGUGGAGGCCUUCGCAACCUGGGCGCUGGAAACCCACGGCGGCAUCCAUGUCCUUGUUAACAAUGCAGGUGUGAACUUCAACAAAGGACCAGAUAAUUCUGUCGAGUUCGCUGAGCAAGUCAUCGAGACAAAUUAUUAUGGCACGAAACGCAUGAUUGAUGCCAUGAUAUCACUAAUGAAACCCUCUCCUUAUGGUGCUCGGAUAGUUAAUGUCAGCUCAAGGCUUGGAAGAGUCAAUGGCAGACGAAAUAGAAUUGGUGAUGCCAGCCUAAGAGAUCAGCUAUUGAAUGAUGAUUGUUUAUCAGAACAGUUAAUUGAUGACAUGAUCAAGAAAUUUCUGGAGCAAGUAAGGCAAGGUACUUGGUCCUCCAAUCAGUGGCCUCAGAUGUACACGGACUAUUCAGUCUCGAAGCUUGCUGUUAAUGCUUAUACACGACUCAUGUCAAGGAAGCUCUCGGAUCGGCCUGAAGGCCAAAAGAUCUACAUUAACUGUUUCUGCCCUGGCUGGGUAAAAACUGCCAUGACUGGUUGGGAGGGGAAUAAUUCUGCUGAAGAAGGUGCUGAUACAGGAGUAUGGCUAGCCUUGUUACCCUGUGAACAAGGUACAAAUGGGAAGUUCUUUGCCGAGAGACGUGAGAUAAGCUUCUAAGGUUUAUGAGCCAUAAAAGCUACAGACAGAAGUUACCAAGCAAGAUCGUGGAGAGUGCUCUUUGACGGUUACUUAGUGCUGUAACCACUUUACUUAUCAAAAUGGUUUCUUUUACGGUUUCUAAUUUGGUACCAUUCGCGUGCAAUCUAUAUAGGCGACUCAUGAAGACUGGCACGAUAAAGAGCAAUCAUAUGGCAAGCAGAUAGUCAAGAUCAUUGAUGGGUACCACUAUGUCCCAUUAAUGGAAAGCCCAUGACCUCUAAUUUGUUAAUUAAGUUGAUCCACUAAAUGUUUCUUGGUCAUGAAUGAAGUGUGAUAAAAGCGGAAUGUUCAUCAGGACCACCAGUAUGGCAAUGGGGAAGUAUGACCAGCUGGCUGCUUGCAACUUGUGCUACAUGCCUACAAGAAUGACCUGUAUUGAAGUGCACAUCACACCAAGGGUUGCAGAUAAAUGUGGACGGCAGAUUGGUUGUGUGUGCUCGCUGAAGAUGCCACACUGAAAUCAGCGGCGGUCAAUCAAGCUUAUCCCUUACAGAUAAAGAAGCACAGAGCCAUGCAUAUACCCAUCGUGCUUCCAACCAUCUGAGCCUGAAAAAUCCAGGGCAAGGCCAUGCCGGCCGGAAAACAAGACAACAUGCUGCUGCUGCAUAGCUGGUCUUCAGAGGGUCAUCCUCAUCGUCCUGUGGGCGCCAUCGGUUUGUGGUCGUGGGGGUAGAAAGUAGAAACUAGUAGUAGGCAGGCGUCAACGAUAUCAGUUUAAUUCGGCAUCAGCCAGCCACUGCCUGCACAUGUGGUGCUCGGGUUUCUGGGGCACCUCUACCUCUACUUGCCUGCCUGGACCUUGCGAUUUGCAUCCUCCAAUGGAGGUGUAGCUGACCUCAACUUGUUCACUCAUGCAAGCAUAAAUAAAGCGUGCAUACUGAGAAGCAUGCCUUCCUUUUCCUCA